AUUGUGAUGAGCAUUGGAAUCUUCAUGCGCCCUUGUGAUUCUGCGCCAGGUAAAUAUAGCAUUCUAAUGUAUUUUCCUCUGGUGGGAACUGCCCCCCUAUGUGUUUGAAGCCAUAUAAUCUCUAACUCUGUUACCCCUUGCCCCCUCUGUUAGCUUUUAUUGGUCAGUCAGAUUGUAACCUACACGGCUGCUCAUAGCUGACCUGCUUGCUUGUGACUAUGGGUAAUGUUGAGAGAUUGUAACUGUAACGGUAAAAUUCUUUACUUUCUUCCAGUUAAGAAGAUAAGAGAUUUCGAUGUUUUACACCACCGCCUGACUCUGAGGCCAAAUACCCGGAGUCUUAUUCCCUGCAAGUUUGUUGCAGUGCGUCCAAUAGACGCAUCCAAAAUGGUACUUGAAUGGGGUAAAAUUUCUGAAAAUGAUGGAAAAUACACCCCUCUUAUCCAAAUGAAUAGCGACGGAGUCAGAACUUUCCCAGAUAACAGCCAGAAAUAUGAGCUUUUUGUACCGCUUGUAAGGAAAGGGAACUGCACCUUGGUUAUCAAACCCACCGGUGCCACAGACAAUGGAGCUUAUGAAGUCUGGAUGACACUAGACGGAGAGCUGUAUGAAUCAUUUUCCCGAACCAGAAUUAUAGUUUCAGACCAAAGUUCAGGUGGGUCACGGGCACUAGGGUCCCGUGCAAACGCUGUUCCAACAACUGGUAAGACUCCAACAGCCAUAAAGAAUACAGCUGCAAAGAACACUACAGAACCAACAAACAACAGCAAUUUCUUUGUUUUACUACUUGAAAAACACGGGAAGGUGACAAUAAUCGUGGUGAUAUCGGUUCUAUCAUUUCUUAUAAUAACCUCAGUGAUAUCACUGGUUGUAUGUUGUCUAUAUUGCCUAACCGGAGACACAGAGACUUCUGUGGAUGAAGAGAAACCAAAAGAGAGCACUCAAGAAGCAGCUCAAGAGGAAUCUAGUUACCAAGUUGAGGAUGAGACCUCAUCUUAUUUAUCCGGUGAGAAGGAAAAGGAAGUAGAAAAGGAAGUAGAAAAGGAAGUAGAAUCAGAUGAGAGCUCGAGUGAGGAAGAGUCUGAUGAACCAUCAGCUUCAGUUAAGAAGUCAGCAUCACAGCAAGUGGACACUGAGAGUUCAGACACGUCAGAUAUAAGUGACUAUUGAGACUUGAAAUGUCAGCAUUUGCUACUCAAGACUUAAGGAAGAAAUCCUGUAAUUGCUCCAAAUGUGCCAAGUCCUGAAUCACAGACCCCAAAAUGGGAGGGUUUUGGGUGGAUUGGGGGUGUGAUCAGACUUCACUCAAGUUGGAGCGCCAA